AUGCUCGACUCCAUCGGCCAUAGUCCAACUAUAAUACCAUCGGAAGAGUGGCUCUUGCCACCCUUGCACCCCUCAGAAAAAAUAAUGGACUUUGCGAAAAUUUUCCUUGGUCUCCAAGUUCACCGGUUUGCCAUGUACACCAUGAACCAACCCAAGUUCCAUAUCAAUGCUAACCAGGUGGUUCCAACCUCACAAGCCGACGAAACCAAGUUUGUUGGUCCCCUGACAGUCAUCAAAUGUAGGCCACACAUCCUUCAACUUCAUGUCCCAACCAGUGUCCAAAACGUUAUGCUCUCUUUCGAGCCAAACUCCCAAGGCCCUGUGACCAUAGAAAUCUCCCUAAUGACGAUGUCACCAGAGCUUGGCAAUGAUACCUUUCGUGCAACUCAAGAGUGCAUUGUCAACUUCAGUGCUAACAUUGGUACUGGUGGGGUUAAGUUGGAGGCGGAAGAUACCUCGUCCUGCAAUCCCUGCGAAUUGACGGCACUGGUCGGCUCCAUCAUAUCAAAGGAGAACUUGGGUGACAAGAGCUUGGCAGAUAGGGGCCAGGGCCAAAUGGAUCAUCUAGGCCUGGCGCAGAAGGGAGGCGAGUGCCCUGCAGGGUGUUUGAGGGUGCCAUGUUCAUCUGUGGUAUCGCUCCACCACUCAGAAGUCUUUGGCGUUGAAGGUGCAAGGAGCUGGAGGGUGUCAUGUGUGUCUGGGUCUGUGCUGAUGAAUGGAGGUGAAGACCAUAGCCCUCAUGUGAAGAAGGACAGCCAGCAAUGUUGGCAGUCAUCCCUCGCACAAGAACAGGUUGUCAAUGCCAAAGAAAAAGGAGGAGGCGAGUUAAGCGCCAAUAAAAUUCUUAAGUGCCCUGUGUAUGGCAUUCCAGUUUUCAACAUAUCUCCACCAAUUCUGCAGACACCGAAACCAUUCCCACACUUGCUUGUAGUGCUCAGCCACGUGAUCCUACCUUCCAAGAUUGGAAAGGAUUUGCACACUCCACACAUUUCUACAGCACUCCCUCCAAAAGACACUCAUUUCGCUAAUUCUUCUGAUAUGGCUGCCUCCACAUCAGUCAUUUCACUUGUCCCCUUUGCUAGGGACCAUGGCUACAUAUAUCUACCAGGAGUUCCUACCAGCUUCCGUCCUGAAGCAUCCUGGUACAUCCCACCCUCGUCUGCCCCCUCUCAGCCCACCCAGCUUGGACAGUCUGUCAUUCACUUGGAAAGGUCUUAUGUGGUUGUUUCAGUCUCUCCAGUCCAAGAAGCAUAUGGAUCCUUCCUCCCUGCCCCCUGCAACAUCUUCAUACCAGUCUCAUCCAUCAUUCUUCCAAAAUUGCGACAGCUACAGUAUAAUCUACUGUUCUCCACUCUCCCUGAUCGCAUCCAUGACGAGUAUGAUGCACAUCUUGCCUCCUUGUUGCAAGAUACAGCAGAAGAUGCUCCCCCUUCAUCCUCUCUUCCAACAGAGCCUCAUUCAUGAAGUUUUUAUUUGCUUCACUGAGAGGAUGGUUUGGGGGGGAAAGUUGCAAUCCCCUAUGCUCCUGUCACCCCACAGACCCCCAAAGCUUGACCCCUGUUGACAUCUGACUCACCCUGUCUGCUUUUGGAUGUACUAUGUUGGCAUCAGAUCAGCACUGCCUCUCUGUCAUCCCACUUUGGCCUAGAAGCGAUCUCUUCAAGAUGUGACAUGCACAGCCUCCCCCUAAUGCGAUUCCAGUGCACUUUCCCAGUUCCUGACAUUGCUUGACUCAUACUUUGACAUUCUGACUGUCUUUGACUCACCUAUUGCCAAUACUUACCAAUCUUUUGACUUUGCUUACUGAUUCUUCACUUUUUGGCUUACUUAUCCUUACCAAUGCUUACCAAUGCUUUCCAAGACGAUUACCCAUC